AUGGGGAGUCUCAACGAGGACCAGGAGGAGUCUGUCAUGUCUCUGGCGCUGCUCCAGGUGACCCAUUCUCUUACGAACAAAAUAAAGAGAGACCCUGAGGCCUAUCGCGAGGAAUUCAAGUUGCAAAUGUCAAAUUUUGAAGGUCUCGUCGCAGCACUAAAAGAGCAGCCGUACAGGCCGACGAGAAAGUUGCAGAGCCUCGCCAUGUUUCUGGCCCACACAGCUCCUUGCUACAGUGUUGAAGCGGAAGAUACGUGGGUAACGGGGCCCCCGGAGGCCCCAAAGGAGGCACCCGUCUUUGAUGCUUUUGCCCCAGAGACGUUCCCAGGACAGGCAGUGGGCCUGGGGGCCCCCUCAGAGGGCCCCUCUCCCUGCGCUAUGCUCAAAGAAGCUAUGCAAGAGCUUUUGCUGCAGACAGACCUCCACCCCACCACACGACAUGCGCUGUUGAACAGCUUGCUGCUCCUCAGAAGCAAGAAAAUGCUGAGCUGCGAGGAGCUGCUGCAGCAAGCACUGUCUCUGUUAUCUAUUAAAGACAAAUUUGUUCGCCAGCGGCUAAUGGCAUUUGUCGUUAAAGACGUGUCGAAGGUUUUUGCGGCAACGACCAACAACCAAGCGCGGACUUCUUUGCUGACUCGCCUGUUUGCUUUGCUAAAGAGCGGAUCUUCUCCCUUGCCGGCUCGCUUGGCGCUGUGUUGCUUAUUUCAGGUGUACAGACACAUCACAUCAAAGGGAUUAACUCGCAACAGCUCCUCUUCUGCAAAAAUAGUCAACGCCAUUGCUGCCUUGACUUUGGCAGGGGACGCUCGGCUUGCCUUAAGCGCUGCUCUCUUUCUCUUGGGGGAGAUUCAGGCUGCUGCAGUGCAAGCAAGUCACGCAAUCCAAGCCGACGAGGAAGAGGGGGAGGAGGCGGUUGCUGCAGCUGCAGCAGCAGAGCUGCAGCAGAAAAGCGUUUUGCAUUCUAAGAAGACAAUGGCAGCGAAGCGGAAGCUCAAGAAGCAAAAGCAACGCAUGCAGAAGCGGCUUGUUAGGAAGCAGCAGCGGUUGGAGGCGCAGCAAAACCAUUGGGGCAUCACAGCGUCUGCUGCCAUUCUCGACCUCAUCUACGAUGCUCACGCACUCGCCGAUAAACUCUUCGCUCGCGUGCGGCAGCAGCGCGAGAGCUUCAGCACUCGAGUUGUGUUCUUGAACUUGGUAUCUCGUCUUGUGUCACAUCACAAGGUUUUGUUGCUGAGUCUCUAUCCUUAUCUGGAAAGAUAUUUAAAACCCUCUCAGAGGCUUGUCCCCUCUCUUCUUGCAAUUGCUGCUAAUUCAGUGCACGCAGCAGUUCCUCCUGACGAGGUCAAACCCCUCCUCAAGACAAUUGCUGACAACUUCGUCUCAGACACACGAGGAGAAGAAGUCGUCACACUGGGCCUCAACGCUAUAACGGAGAUCUGCAGCAGGAAUCCCCAUUGCAUGACGCCCGAGCUUCUUGGGGAUUUGCUGCAGUAUACAAAACACAAGAACAGCAAAAGUGUUUCCGCAGCCGCACGAGGUCUCCUCAAUCUGUUUAGGGAGAUACACCCAACGUUGCUGCCGCGUGCAUUCUUAGGAAAGGAGGCCGCCAUAAAGCUGCAAAGAGACCAUGUGUCUCCGCCCGUGUUUGGGGCUUCAAGUGUCUCCACGAGUUUGCAGCUGCUGCCGCAACUGGAAGCCCUCAAGAAGCAAUCGAAGGAGGAGCUGCAGCAGCUCUUAGGAGGAGGAGCAGAAGAAGAGAAUACAGAAGGGGAGAGUGCCUCCGAAGAUAGUGAGGCCGAGGGCCAGAUGACAGACACCGAAGCUAAUGAGGAAGAGGCAGAUACACAGGAUGCGGAGGAGACAGGCAGUGAAGAGACAGAGGCAGCAGACAGUGGUGAAGAAGACAGCGAAGCUGAAGAAGAGGAAGAGACAGAGGAAGAAGAAGACAUAGACAGCGAAGAACACCAGCCAAAACCUGCAGCAGGGGAGGACGAAACAGCAACAGCAGCAGCAACAUCGGGAGCACCAACAGAAGCCACAGCUGCAACAGCCGCCAACGAACCAGAAGCAGCAUCAGGAGCAGCAGCAGGGGCUAUCCCUUGUGGAGGUGAGCGACUGCUAACAGACGCGGACUUUGCUGCUCUCCGUCUGCUAAGGGCUAAGCAAUUAGUACAGCAAGUAAAAGGGGGACGCCGCAAAGGUGGUAGUUUGGAAGUAGACACCGAAAGGGACCAGAAGCUUCUGAAGCUCCUUAUAUCGAACCAGGAGGCUAGCAGCAGCAGCAGCAGCAGCGAGGACGAAGACAGCGAUGAGGAGACAGAAAGAAACCAGCAAGAGGUGAGGCAUCCAAAAGAGGAGACAGAUGGAGGCACUGUCUCCGUGUCUCUCUUUUAUUGGGCUUUGUGGCAGCCAACUCUUUUUUUCUUUAUGAUAUGA